GGUGGCGGCGCGCAGGGAGAGAGCGGCGCGGCCCAGGCCGGCGGCUCUGGGAAAAUGGCGGUGCGGAAGAAGGACGGCGGCCCCAACGUCAAGUACUACGAGGCCUCGGACACCGUUAGUCAGUUCGACAGCGCGCGGGUCUGGCUGGGCAAGAACUACAAGAAGUACAUUCAAGCAGAACCCCCUACCAAUAAGUCAUUAUCCAACCUAGUAGUACAGCUGCUGCAGUUCCAAGAGGAGGUAUUUGGGAAGCAUGUCAGCAAUGCACCACUCACAAAGUUGCCAAUUAAAUGCUUCUUAGAUUUCAAAGCUGGUGGUGCCCUAUGUCACAUCCUUGCUGCAGCUUAUAAAUUCAAGAGUGACCAAGGAUGGCGGCGUUUCGAUUUCCAGAAUCCAUCACGGAUGGACCGAAAUGUGGAGAUGUUCAUGACUAUUGAAAAAUCUCUGGUACAGAAUAAUUGUCUGUCCCGACCGAACAUUUAUCUGCAUCCAGACAUUGACCCCAAAUUGCAAGCCAAGCUGAAAGACAUUGUCAAACGGCAUCAGGGAACAGUAACUGAAGAUAAGAACAGUGCCUCCCAUGUUGCCUUCCCUGUUCCUGGCAGCUUGGAAGAAGAAGAAUGGGUUCGGCCAAUCAUGAAGAGAGACAAACAAGUUCUUCUUCACUGGGGCUACUACCCUGACAGCUAUGACACUUGGAUUCCAGCCAGUGAAAUUGAAGCCCCUGUGGAGGAUGCUCCCACACCAGAGAAACCCCGUAAGGUUCAUGCAAAGUGGAUCCUAGACACAGACACUUUCAAUGAAUGGAUGAAUGAAGAAGACUAUGAGGUAAAUGAUGAGAAGAGCCCUGUCUCCAGGAGGAAGAAAAUCUCUGCCAAGACUCUCACUGACGAGGUUAACAGUCCUGAUUCAGACCGAAGGGACAAGAAAGGGGGAAAUUAUAAGAAACGGAAACGUUCUCCUUCCCCUUCACCUACUCCAGAAGCAAAGAAGAAAAAUGCCAAGAAAGGGCCUUCCACGCCCUACACCAAAUCCAAACGUGGCCACCGUGAGGAAGAACAGGAAGACCUCACAAAAGACAUGGAUGAACCUUCUCCUGUUCCUAAUGUUGAAGAAGUCACACUGCCUAAAACAGUCAACACAAAGAAAGAUUCUGAAUCUGCUCCUGUGAAGGGUGGCACCAUGACUGAUUUGGAUGAGCCAGAGGACGAGAGCAUGGAGACGGCAGGCAAGGAUGAAGAGGAGAAUAAUGCUGGGAACAAAGGAGAGCAGACCAAGAACCCUGACCUACAUGAAGACAAUGUGACUGAGCAGACCCAUCACAUUAUCAUCCCCAGUUACGCAGCGUGGUUUGAUUACAACAGUGUCCACGCCAUUGAGAGGAGAGCCCUUCCUGAGUUUUUCAACGGCAAGAAUAAGUCAAAGACUCCAGAAAUCUACUUGGCUUACCGCAAUUUCAUGAUUGACACGUACCGGCUCAAUCCACAGGAAUACCUAACCUCAACUGCCUGUCGUCGGAACCUGGCUGGUGAUGUCUGCGCCAUCAUGAGGGUCCAUGCCUUCCUAGAACAGUGGGGACUCAUCAAUUACCAAGUAGAUGCAGAGAGUCGACCAACACCCAUGGGACCACCACCCACAUCUCAUUUCCAUGUUCUGGCGGACACUCCUUCGGGAUUGGUGCCAUUGCAGCCCAAAACACCCCAGGGUCGUCAGAGUGAUAGCGAUACCAAGACUGGACGAAAGGGCAAAGAAAUUGAAGACCUUGUCACAGAGACAGUGAAAGGGAAACCGGAGCUGCAAACCACGGCUUCCCAGCAGAUGUUAAACUUCCCAGACAAGAGCAAGGAGAAGCCACCAGACAUGCAAAACUUUGGACUCCGCACUGACAUGUACACCAAGAAGAAUGUUCCUUCUAAGAGCAAAGCUGCUGCCAGCGCUACCCGUGAGUGGACGGAACAGGAGACGCUGUUGCUGCUGGAGGCCCUGGAGAUGUACAAGGAUGACUGGAACAAAGUGUCUGAGCAUGUUGGCAGUCGUACUCAGGAUGAAUGCAUUCUGCACUUCCUGCGUCUUCCCAUUGAAGACCCUUACCUGGAGGAUUCCGAAGCCUCUCUCGGACCCCUCGCCUACCAACCCAUCCCCUUCAGCCAGUCAGGCAACCCUGUUAUGAGCACUGUGGCCUUUCUGGCUUCAGUUGUGGACCCCCGUGUGGCAUCUGCAGCAGCCAAGUCAGCCUUGGAGGAAUUCUCCAAGAUGAAGGAGGAGGUGCCCACAGCCCUGGUAGAAGCUCACGUUCGCAAGGUGGAGGAAGCUGCUAAGAUGACAGGCAAGGCAGACCCGGCAUUUGGUCUGGAGAGCAGCGGAAUUGCAGGGACCACAUCUGAUGAGCUGGAGAGAAUAGGUGAGGGGGGCGAGCGGGGCGCCUUCCGCGCUUCAACCCAUGAAGCGCCCUCGUUGGACCUCGCCCAGUAUGCGGUGGGGACUAAGAAGGGGGCCGAGACGCAAGAGACCAGAGCUGGCCUGGCUUCCGGCCUGGAGCUCACACUCAAUCGCCUGGCACAGGAAGAGAGCUGCACAGAUGAAAACCGGUCAGAACCCCAACCAUCUGAAGAGAAGAAAGAGUUGAAGGAACAAAGGGAAGGAGUCCUUGAGGAAGAAUUGAAGGAGAAACCUGGAGAGGUGCCUAGGAAAGAGGAUGAUAAAAGCAAGGAGGCUGAUGGUGAAAAAGAAAUGGACAAGAGUGAUGGGGACACCACACACUUGGCUGAUGGAGAAAAGGAAAAAGAAUCAAAGGACGGCCCGGAAGAGGGACCCAAGGACCUCACGGACACUGAGGGCGAGCGGAAGACCAAGGUGGAGAGGGACAUUGGCGAAGGUAACCUCUCCACCGCAGCAGCUGCAGCUCUGGCUGCUGCAGCAGUAAAGGCAAAGCAUUUGGCAGCAGUAGAGGAACGUAAAAUCAAGUCACUCGUUGCCUUGCUGGUGGAGACACAGAUGAAGAAGCUUGAGAUCAAAUUGAGGCACUUUGAGGAGCUGGAGACCAUCAUGGAUCGGGAGCGUGAGGCACUGGAGUACCAGAGGCAGCAGCUCCUGGCUGACCGGCAGGCCUUCCACAUGGAGCAGUUGAAAUACGCUGAAAUGCGUGCUCGCCAGCAGCAUUUUCAGCAAAUGCACCAGCAGCAGCAGCAGCAGCAGCCGCCGCCACCGCCAGCACUCUCUGUGGGAUCACAGCCCCUUCCUUCUUCAGGAGCUCCUCUGGCACCUGCUGCUCACUCCAUGCCCAUCUCCCAAACAUCUGUUCCAGCUGCCAGCACCGUAGGACAGCCCAGCAGUAUGGCUCAGGCUGAACAGAUGGGGCAGUCCGUGUCAGUUCAGCCACAGCAUUCGGCAACUGGCGCUCCUCAGACUGGCCCAGGUCAGACUGGACAGCCUUCUGCAGGUUCUCAUGCCCAGCCUCCGUUCCCCAGCCAGCAACCAUCAUCCCAGAUUCUCCCCGGGGCGGUCCCAGCAAGCGUUCACCCUGCCAUGGCUGGUAAUAUCCCCUCAGCUCUGCCUUUUGGAAUGCCUGCCUCCAUCCCAUUUAGCAUGGCUAGUAAUGUAACAGACUCCAUCGGCAUUAACUUCCCUGCUAACACGCCCAUCCGUCCAGUGCAUGGUAACCUUGCGUGCAGCAUGGCUAAUCCGCCCAUCAUCAACGUCUCUAGCACCCUGCACCCUUCUGCUACCCCGCUGCCUCAUGGUUCUGCGGCUGCCCAGAGCCCAGCUAUUGUGGCAGCAAUGCAGGGCAACCUACUUCCAAAUGCUGGUCUUGGAUCAGAUCAAGGACCUUCACUGCCACCAGAUUCUAUCACUCCCAGCCCCAGCACAGCUACGCCAGUCCCACCCUCACAGUGAGAAGCUAUGAGCUGUUCUUGCGGAUGCCUCUUGGAUGCGCCCUCACCUUUCCAGAAGGACAGGAAACCCCAAAUCGUGUUAAACAUGGAUUCUGUUUGGGUGGGUUUUUAAAUGGUUCAAAACAACGAUCCAAAGAGGAAGAGAAUUCGGCUCCACUGAUUCCAUUUCCCUGUGUGUCUCAGCUCCGUAUCCUGUUUCCAUUUUUUUUUUUGUAUCUAGUCAUACCAAGACUUUUUAUUUAAGGAGUUUCUAAUUGGUGGGGGAGGGGGGCAAGAAUCUAUCUCCAGAACAGCCACUACUAUUUAUAGAAGGCUUUGAUUUUAAACCUGGUUGAAAAGGGAGUAUAACUCCUUGUAUGUGUCUCUCGCUCUUUUUUUAAAAAAAAACAAUAAAGAAAAAUACGAUAAAUACCUUCCA